AUGUCUGACGGUCUCAACGAUGCCCGCGCCAUACGAGUCGCUGAGAUUAUGACUGAUUUCCGCAACCUCCAGCACUACAUUUCACAAAUACGGGCUUCACCUACGGCAGAAGAGUACUAUCUCGAGGGCUAUUCACUGCUACGUGAGUGUGUUGCUGAAGCUCAAGCCGUCCUUCAGACCCCCUUUGCGGGCAACAGCGGCGGGGCGAUGGGCAACCCUGAGCAGGAACGACAACAGUUGAGAGCGUAG